UAACCAUGCACAUUUUAUUGAGGAGGAAGCUGAGGCUCGGAGAGAACAAGCGCCGCAUUCCAAGUCAUGCGGCCAGUCGGCGGCAGCGCCGAGAUUCAAGCCCUGGUCCUUCUGACUCUGAACCUCGUGCUUUGCUCCCGAGUCUCAGAGAUGCGAAGGGCUCCCUUGGUGUUGAUGCCUGUGUCCUCUGUCCCUCUCUGCAGGUCUACAUCAUCCGGGUCACGUGGUCCAGCGGCUCCACGGAGGCCAUCUACCGGCGCUACAGCAAGUUCUUUGACCUCCAGAUGCAGAUGUUGGACAAAUUUCCCAUGGAAGGAGGCCAGAAGGACCCCAAACAGCGGAUCAUCCCCUUUCUGCCUGGCAAGAUUCUCUUCCGACGAAGCCACAUCCGGGACGUGGCCGUCAAACGCCUCGUGCCAAUCGACGAGUACUGUAAGGCCCUGAUCCAGCUGCCGCCCUACAUCUCCCAGUGUGACGAGGUGCUGCAGUUUUUUGAGACAAGACCCGAGGACCUCAAUCCCCCCAAAGAGGAGCAUGUUGGGAAAAAGAAACCUGGGAGUGACCCGACCUCGGUGGACCCCAUGGUCCUGGAGCAGUACGUCGUGGUGGCGGACUACCAGAAGCAGGAGAGCUCGGAGAUCAGCCUCAGUGUGGGGCAAGUGGUGGACAUCAUCGAGAAGAACGAGUCAGGCUGGUGGUUUGUCAGCACCGCGGAAGAGCAGGGCUGGGUCCCCGCGACCUGCCUCGAAGGGCAGGACGGUGGGCAGGACGAGCUUUCCCUGCAGCCUGAGGAAGAGGAGAAGUACACAGUCAUCUACCCGUACAUGGCUCGUGACCAGGAUGAGAUGAACCUGGAGAGAGGAGCCGUGGUGGAGGUCAUUCAGAAAAACCUCGAAGGCUGGUGGAAGAUCAGGUACCAGGGCAAAGAGGGCUGGGCCCCAGCCUCGUACCUGAAGAAGAGCGGCGGGGAGCCCUCACCCCCGAAGCUGGGCCCUGCCUCGUCCACCCACGCGGGCGUCCCUGACCUGGAUGGAGUUUCCCGGCCGCAGAACUCGGUGGGCAGGGAGAAGGAGCUGCUCAGCAACCAGAGGGACGGCCGGUUUGAAGGCCGCCCGGUGCCGGACGGUGACGUCAAGCCGAGAUCACCCAAGAUGAGGCAGAGACCCCCUCCUCGCCGGGACAUGACCAUACCUCGAGGCCUCAACCUGCCCAAGCCUCCCAUCCCGCCCCAAGUGGAGGAAGAGUAUUACACCAUUGCCGAAUUCCAGACCACCAUCCCUGAUGGCAUCAGCUUCCAGGCGGGCCUGAAGGUCGAGGUGAUUGAGAAGAACUUGAGUGGCUGGUGGUACAUUCAGAUUGAAGACAAGGAAGGGUGGGCCCCAGCGACCUUCAUUGACAAGUAUAAGAAGACCAGCAAUGCCUCAAGGCCCAACUUCCUGGCUCCCUUGCCCAGCGAGGUGACCCAGCUCCGGCUGGGGGAUGCAGCCGCGAUGGAGAACAACACGGGCAGCGAGGCCAGCGGCCCCUCUCGGCCCCUGCCCGAGGCACCGCUUGGUGCUGCGGACUCCGGGAUACCGUGGUCCAAAGACUGGAAGGGCGGUAAGGAGGGCCCGAGGAAGGCGCCCUCCGACACGUCGUGUGCGGGCUAUGAGGAGAUUUCAGACCGUGACCUGGAGGAGAAGCCCAGCCUCCCGCCCCGGAAAGAGUCCAUCAUCAAGUCGGAAGGGGAGCUGCAGGAGCGGGAGCGGCACAGGAUGGAGCAGCUCAGGGGCUCCUCGCCCAAGCCUCCUGGCAUGAUGUUGCCAAUGAUUCCAGCUAAACACAGCCCCCCGGCCCGAGACGGCAGGAGGCCAGAGCCCAAACCUGACAAAAGCAAGCUGUUCCAGCUGAAAAAUGAGAUGGGGCUGGAGUGUGGCCACAAAGUAUUGGCCAAGGAGGUGAGGAAGCCCAACCUCCGGCCCAUCUCCAAAUCCAAAGCCGACCCCCCGGAGGAGAAACCCGAAGCCGUUCCCCAGAACCCCUUCUUAAAGUCCAAGCCUCAGGUUAGGCCCAAACCGGCUGCUUCCCCCAGGAUGGAGCCACCUCAGGGCGAAGACCAAGUGGACAUCUGCCACCUCAGGAGCAAGCUCAGGCCUGCCAAGUCCCAAGAGAAGCCCUCGUUGGAUGGAGAGAGCAGCCACCAGGCCGGUGGGGGCCAGGACGCGGCCUUCAGCCGCAGCUUCCUCCCAGGGGAGGGGCAGGGCCGUGCGCAGGACUGGACAGGCAAGCAGGAGGGGCUCGGCCCCAAGGAGGCACCCUGCAGAGCCCCUCCGAGGCCAGCCAAGACCGCGGACCCUGCGCCCAAGAACGUGCCCCUGCCUCUCCAGGAGGCCCCGCAGCAGAGACCCAUGAUCCCGCCCCGCAGACCACCCCCGCCCAAGAAAACCUCCUCAGCCAGGCCGCCCCCGGAGGCCCGAGGGCCACAGCGGGAGGCCAGCGAAGGCAGGGCAGCUCCCGCCCCGGGCCGUGCCCUGCUGGUCCCUCCAAAAGCCAAACCUUUUCUCUCCAACUCCUCAGGGGGCCAAGAUGACAACCAAGGCAAAGGCGGGCCAGGGCCGCGGAUGGUGGGCAAGAUUGGAGAAAACAGGGAGAAAGCGGCUGCGGCCCCCUUCCCCAGUGCCGACAGCCCGAAGGACUUGUAUGUGGCCGUGGCCAACUUUGAAGGUGAUGAAGAUUCGAGCAGCUUCCAGGAGGGGACCGUGUUCGAGGUCCGGGAAAAGAACAGCAGCGGCUGGUGGUUCUGCCAGGUCCUCAGCGGGGCGCCCUCCUGGGAAGGGUGGAUUCCUUCCAACUAUCUCAGAAAGAAGCCCUAGCCUCCUCCCCACCCUGUCUGGAGGGCCUGUGUGUCCCUGCUGGUUUUGCCCACAUAUUUAAUAUGCCUCUUAAUUUAUCAUUCUCCACGCAGCUUCAAAGGAACGAAGGCUCUGGAGGACUGUGGUUGCUUCCCUCCCACGGGUAGCGUCGGCCCUCCCACCACGGUGGCUCCCAGAGCCUCUGGGCCACAGGCUGGCUUUCUCUCUGCUCACGACCCCUGCCUUAAGGCCGGUGGUGUUGCCACCGAGCUUCCCUGCCCUCCUGGCAGUGGAACCAUGACUCUCCAAGGCCUCCAGAACCCACCACCUGGAGAAACUGCAGAAAGGGUUUCUCGUUGCCUGGACCCCACGUAGGAAGGGGCGGCCCCCCAGCCCCGCAUCGAGUCCGCGACGGCUUACUCCAACUCCUCCAUGUCUCGAAAAGCCCAGUGACUAUUUGCCCAGUUUCCAAAAUGCCUGGCACCAGAAAGGACUUCACCCUGUAGAAGUGGGCUCUAUGGCCAGUCCCAAAGCGGGGUGUGCUCUGUCUCCAAGGCCUCAGGCCCCAGGCUUCUCUGUUAGACCAGAGGCAGCUACUCCUGCCUCCCAUCUUCUGUCUUGGGAGCCUAAAAGGGGUGGGUCCUCAAGGAGUGGGUCCCGCCUGGAGCAAACUUCACUGCUGGGCUCCGGACAGUCCCCUCCCCACCCUGGGGCAUGUCACUCUGUCUACCUAGAGCAAGAAGCUCAGUGUUUGUUUGAAAAAGGGGACUGUCGUGCCCAAGCAAUUCUCCUAUGUGGGCGCUCUUCUGCUGCGUAGCUAGUCAGUGCCAAGUUCCAUAGGCGGCACUUUACACCCACAUUUAACCCCCACAACAGCCCUCCGCUGUAAUAGUGCACCCAUUCCGUAGAUGGGGUGACUCACCUAGCGAGCCCCAGGCACACUAGCUAGGACGAGCGGGGAAGAGGGUUUGCAUCAAGGCCGGCCUGACUUCCCAGCCUGUGCCCUUCAUCCUGGAAGAGGCCGACCAGGCAGGGGAGGGAGAGGCGUGGGUGCCAGAACCCCAUCUCCUGCUUCUGUGCUG